AUAUUCCGGCUCUGUUACGCUAACUCGUCACUCCCACAAGGCAUCUCUGUGAGGCGUCACGGCGCUGACAUGUAGUUGUGACGCCAGUCUCGCGUGAUGAGACUUGCGGUGUUGAGAUUGUUGGGGAAAGACCAUGCAGGCAACCUAGCGACUGCCCUCAGCGGAAGGCUGAAGCUCACUGACAGCAAGGGGCCUGAUAAUCAAAGGGUAUUUGAACUUCUGGCUUAGAUCUAUGUGAAUAGAGUGCAUCCCUGGACUUCAAAAUAUACUUUUACAUGACCCUCCUCCACUGCAUACUAGAGCAUUGUCUCACCCUCUGAAGUGUUUAAAGGUGAAUAAAUGGUCCCCUUUCUUCCAUUGCUGUGGGCACAAUUUAGAGGAGGAUUGAGUUACAGAGGCAGAAGCUGUAACAACUGGAGUUAGUAAGAAUCCUUCACUUGGCAUCUAGCAACGAUCACACCUGGGGCACGCUAUGAAGGAAGCAUCUUGGAGGGGAUCAUCAUCAGGAUGAUGCAGGAACUUGCAGCACAAUGGGAAAGGGGGUUGCUACCCCUAAUUAUGACUAUAAUGACUUAUACUUUCUGAAGAUGGGAUAUUUAUGCAAUCAAAAAGAGACCUCAACUGGUGUUUUCCAUCAUUUUUAAGGUUUUGCUUUGGUCUACAGAAUCCAUUAAAUUAAAAAGUUUGGCAUACUGUGAUUUAGUUAUAAAGUGGGAGAGCAUGGACACCUUUGCAAAUACCCAAGUGACCAAUACAUACAGACCUUGUUUUGAUUCAUUGACUUGAUGCUCUUCUGUCAUGAGCACAUAAUCUUAAAUAUCAAAGGGAAGACCAGGAAAUUAGAAUGCCCAGGAAAGGGUCAAUUCUCCAAGCCAGAGCCCGAUGGUUAUUGCUUGGGCUUGCACUUGUUUUCAGUUUGAUGCUUCUCCUCUAUCUGUUGGAAUGUGCUCCAACACCAGAAGGAAAUGGUUCUUUGCCAGGGAUUUCUUUAGAGACCCAUGGCAAAGAAUAUUAUCAGGCUCUCCUUCAGGAGCAGGAAGAACAUUACAAGAACCGUGCCUCAAGUCUAAAGAGGCAGAUUGCACAGCUUAAGCAAGAACUUCAAGAGAUGAGUGAGAAGUUGAGAGCUGCACAUGAAAAGAAGCUUGCAGCUGCCAAUGGCUUGGGGCAUCCGGGAACCAAAGAACAGUCUAAUGACUUGUUAGAGUUUUUGCACUCACAGAUUGACAAAGCAGAAGUCGUCGUAGGUGCUAAAAUACCCAGUGAAUAUGCGGUGAUCCCUUUUGAGAGCUUUAACACCAUGAAGGUCUACCAGCUUGAAAUGGGCCUAACGCGUCAUCCUGAGGAAAAACCUAUGAGAAAGGACAGGAGAGAUGAACUGGUGGAGGUUAUUGAGGCUGGUCUGGAUGUCAUUAAUAAUCCUGAUGAAGAAGAUGAAGAGCAGGAAACAAGAGGGAAUGACAAGGUUAUGUACAGUGAGACAGAUUUUGUAGAAGGUUAUUACCGCACAGAACGAGACAAGGGUUCCCAUUAUGAACUGCUCUACAAGAAGGCAGACUCAGGAAGCUAUCACCAUAUCACUCUGUUUCGACCCUUUGGGCCGCUCAUGAAGGUGAAAGUUGAGACAAAGGAUCUCUCCAAGGUCAUUAUCAACAUCAUUGUCCCCCUGUCUGGAAGGACAGAUGCGUUUGCCCAGUUUAUGCAGAAUUACAGGAAUGUAUGCAUCCAGCAAGAUAAGAGGACUUAUCUCACGGUGGUCUAUUUUGGAGAUGAAGGCCUGUCAGAGGUCAAGGAGAUCCUUAGUAGUAUUGACAGUGAUUCCAACUUUAAUAACUACACCCUGAUUCCACUGAAGGAGGAGUUCAGCAGGGGACGGGGCCUUGAGGUGGGAGCUCAGGCUUGGGACAAGGGGGAGGUGCUGCUUUUCUUCUGUGAUGUUGAUAUAUAUUUCACUGCUGGAUUCCUGGACACAUGCAGACUGAAUGCACAACCUGGUAAGAAAGUUUUCUACCCUGUGGUGUUUAGCCUGUACAAUCCUGCUAUUGUUUAUGCAAACCAAGAGGUACCUCCUCCUGUGGAGCAGCAGCUGGUGUAUAAAAAGGAUUCUGGCUUCUGGCGGGAUUUUGGCUUUGGGAUGACCUGCCAAUACAGAACAGAUUUUCUCACCAUUGGGGGCUUUGAUUUGGAAGUCCGAGGCUGGGGAGUAGAAGAUGUUCACCUUUACAGGAAGUACCUGCGCGAGGAACUGAUUGUAGUGCGCACUCCUGUUACAGGCCUUUUCCAUCUCUGGCACGAAAAGCAUUGUGUUGACGAGUUAACCCCAGAGCAGUAUCGCAUGUGUAUCCAGUCUAAGGCUAUGAAUGAGGCAUCACACCCUCACCUGGGCAUGUUGGUUUUUCGGGAUGAGAUAGAAGCUCACCUUCGGAAGCAAGCCUUCAGGACUAACAAUGAGCCAGAGGCGUGAGGGACUUUUUUCAGAUUCUGAAUUCUGAAGAUUAGCUGGCAAAUGUAAGCUUGGCUUACAGAAUGAGUGACCCUUGAAGGUCUGUAAAGGGAUGAAAGCCCAAGUACCAUAGAAGUAUGGCUAAGCAAAAGGCUUGCGGUAGCACAUGUGCUGGGGCCUGCAGGGAAACUGCACAUAUCUGUACCAGUAUAGUCAUAGAGGGUUUAUGAGUACUUGUCCGCAGCUGCUGAGGGGAGUGCAUUCGCGGGUAGAACAAAUAACCUGUAUGUAUGUUUCUUCAACGGAAAUGAAUAAUACUUAAAGGGGAUGUUGUCCUUUUGCAUAAAAAGCUCAUUCCGAAUUACUUUUCAUAAGCAGAAAUGGAUUAUCAAGGUAAAAGGUGAACAUCCCCUUUAAAAGUGACCAAUAGUUCAGAAAUAAAAAGAUUCUUUUUAGGGCGAGAAGAAAGCAAAGUAUUUUUUUAAUCCUUUAGGCUAGGGCCACACUGGGCCGAAAUCAGCCUGCUGAAAUCUGCAGGGCGAUUUCAGCCCCACGAUGAACAGUAUCUUCCUUCUUUCUCAUCUGGAACUCCUUGUGUCAAAAUGCCAAGUCUAACGUUUUAAAAUCCGCCAAGUGUGUUCAUGCAGGAGCUGACACAAGGGUUCCAAGUAUGAAAGAAGGAGGAUACGGUGUUGGCCCCAUGUGGCCUUAGCCUUUAAUUGAAGUGUAAGGUGUUCCCUGCUAAAGGAUUGGAGAGGGGGAGAGUAGUUUUUCUCUUUCUGUUAUCCUUGGUUAUGAUCCUAUUGUGUCUUGAUGAAAAUAUGCAGUUUGCUUGACAUGCAUAAUAUUAUAGUUGCAAAUCUGGAUUCUACUCUGUGCAAUUAAAAGGUUAUUGAUUUGCCAUUGGAUCUCAAAUU